CUCCACCACUCACUUUCUCAAUACCACCCAUCGGAAUGUCAUUCUCCACCCACCCGCUCAUCCCUCUACCCAUCAAUCCAGCCGUCCACCCAUCUAUCUAGGCAUCCUCCAUCUAUCCAUUCUCCCAUCCAUCAUCCAUCGACACACCACCCACCCAUCCUCCAUUCAUUCACCAUCGAUCUGGCCACACAGCCAACCACCGAUCAGGACCUUGAAGAACAGCAAUGGAGGAGGCGGAUCCCGGGAAGGGCUAUGAAGGAGGAGCACCUGCGUGGCCUUAUGACACAGGGAAGAUGUGAGCCAUCACUGUGAGAGGCCUGGCACAGGAGAGGGUGUGGACGUGAGUUGGUGUGUGGUAAGAGGUGGACAGUGAAGAAGGCCAGAGGGCUGGCAGAGCCCUGCUGUCAGGGGCCUAAAACUCCCGAGCUCAGUUUUGGUCCAAAGGUCCUCAGUUGGGAGAAGACGGGCAAUGAUGAGGGGCCAGGCCGGGGCCCCACACCCAAAGGGGCCUACUGGCCGGCAGCACCCCCGUGCCACCCCGACUUUACUAGGCACUCGCCUUUUCCCACAAGGGUCAGGCCUCUGCUUUGUGGGCACCAGGUGGAGAGAGUCCAGGACCGAGGACACCUGCCAGGACCCUAGCUGGCCAGCCGGGCUGCAGUUCCUGUGGGGUCUCCCUGCAGCUGACCUACACCUGGGUCUGGAGGCAUCUGUGAACCCCACGGGCAGAGCCAGGUGACACGAGGGGGGUCUGCUGGAGGUGUGCCAGCACAGGGCAGGGCCACACUUCUCAGACUGGGGCUCCUAGGGAGGCCUCCGAGGGGUCCCGCCCCGGAGGGUUGGUGAGUGACAACCGUUCCCGUGCCACCACCCAUUCCUGCCAGCCCUCCCCACUCUGCCCUGUGCCGCCCCACUGAGUCACGGCCAGAUCCGCCACCGCCCAGGAGCAGGAGCUGCGGGGGCUGGUAUAAAUCCUUAACAUGGGGCCAGCCACCCUCCCAGCGCCAAGCACCCAGGAAUGGCCUCUUCCUGGGCCACGCGGCUGCUGCUCCUUGCAGCCUGGAGCAUGGGCUGUGGUGAGGCCUUCAGGUGCUACUCCUGCGAGCGGCCCACGCCCAUUUACGCCUGCAAAAACAUUACCUACUGCAAGCUGGAGGACACGGCCUGCAAGACCACACUGGAGAAGGUGGAGAACGAGUACCCUUUCGACCAGAGCCCCAUGGUGACCCGCUCCUGCUCCGACUCCUGCCUAGCCACUGACCCCGACAGCAUCGGGGCUGCCCACCCCGUCUUCUGCUGCUUCCGCGACCUCUGCAACUCAGUGGAGGCAGCCCAGCUGGGUGCUGGGACUCUGGCCACAGUGGGAGCAGUGCUCCUCGGGCACCUCCUCUCCUGACAGGGCCUAGCACUGCUGGCGGCCACCCCUGCCUACAUGUCUCCGUGAGCGGAGCUCACUGGGCCUCAGGCCACUCACUCUGUCCCCAAAACGUGUACAAAAUAAAUAAGCCGAGGGUGGA